CUACUUGUGUUACUCAACACUCAGUUACCUACCUUGCCUGAACCUUACCCGUCAUCAUGAGUGGCGGUUUCAACAGGUACCGAUGCAAAUAUUUUCUCGUCUACAACUGCCCCAAUUGGGUGUUCAUGAACGGGCAUGCUUGUGGUAGCUAUCUUGCUAAGGGGCGGGAGUAACGUCGUUUACUCGGAGAAGAUGCUUCUUUCUCCCAUAGUGACGUGGAUACGAGGUCACAGGUUCUCAGCUUUUUGUCUCUGGGAGGCAUCCAAGACCAACAUAUGUCUCAAUCUGCUUCAUGUGAGCGGCAUGGUGGGCAGCACAACUUUCGACGAAUCAAUAUGUUAGAUAGGUAGUAUCCACAUUGUUUCUGCUGGCCAGUUCACCGCGCAUCAAAUGCAAGGUGACGC